GAAAGUUUAGUAUAUAAAUCUUCGAUUUCCAGCAAGUUUGAGUGAUUGAGGAUAUCAUUUCCAAACACAACCCCAUUAAUCACCAUGUCUACAGAAACAACGACCGAAGUCAACCAGAAGCAGGCCGAGACUCAGUCCGCAUACCCACGGGAGCCUCUUCAAUUGAAAGGCGCAUUGGACUCUUACAAGUCUUUCGAUGUGACACCAGUGAUCGGACGCGAGUUCGUCGAUGUCAAUUUGAAGGAAUGGCUGCGAGCUCCCAAUUCGGAUGAACUGAUUCGAGACUUGGCCAUAACAAUCUCGCAGCGAGGUGUGGUCUUCUUCCGCAAGCAGGAUGAUCUCGACAAUGACCUCCAGAAGGAACUAGCACACCGGUUGGGCCAGCUAGCAGGCAAACCUGAGACAUCUAAACUCCACAUCCACCCCGUGAGCAACUCGGGGCGUCGUCUCGGGGGUAAGGACGACGAGAUCAGUGUCAUCAGCUCGGAGCAAGCGAAGGAGAUCUACAAGAACCGAUUUUUGAACUUCGCAGAGAGGAAGCAAACCGCCAAGGAUGGAUGGCAUAGCGAUAUCACCUUUGAGCCUGUUCCCAGUGACUAUGCACUCUUGCGAUUGACCGAGCUGCCAAAGACCGGUGGAGAUACCCUGUGGGCAUCCGGCUACGAGCUUUACGACCGUCUCUCAGAGCCCUACCAAAAGUUCUUCGAAGGUCUUACAGCAACCUAUGCCCAGCCCGGCUUCGGCGCUGCAGCAAAGGAGAAUGGCUUCCAACUAUACGAAAAGCCCAGAGGCGCGCCCGAGAACGUCGGCUCUGACCUAACUGCCAUUCAUCCGGUCAUCAGGACAAACCCUGUGACAGGCUGGAAGAGCAUCUUCGCCGUUGGCCAUCACGUACAGCAGAUCAAUGGCCUCGCGAAAGAGGAGAGUCGACAUGCGCUGGACUGGUUCGUGCAGUUGAUCGUUGAGAACCAUGACCUCCAGGUGAGGCACCGCUGGCAGAACGAGAACGACUUGGCUAUCUGGGAUAAUCGCUCUGUAUAUCAUACGGCUACCUUUGACUAUCAAGGACUUGGGCCGAGGACGGGACAGAGGGCAGUCAGCUUGGGUGAGAAGCCGUACCUCGAUCCGAAUAGCAAGUCUCGACGGGAGGCUUUGGGGCCGGUAGAGUAA